GCUGGUUUUCUGUCUGAGAACUGAGCACCAUGCCCGAGCCCGCCAAGUCCGCGCCCGCCCCGAAGAAGGGCUCCAAGAAGGCGGUGACCAAGGCGCAGAAGAAGGACGGCAAGAAGCGCAAGCGCAGCCGCAAGGAGAGCUACUCGGUGUACGUGUACAAGGUGCUCAAGCAGGUGCACCCCGACACCGGCAUCUCGUCCAAGGCCAUGGGCAUCAUGAACUCGUUCGUCAACGACAUCUUCGAGCGCAUCGCGGGCGAGGCGUCGCGCCUGGCGCAUUACAACAAGCGCUCGACCAUCACGUCCCGCGAGAUCCAGACGGCCGUGCGCCUGCUGCUGCCCGGCGAGCUGGCCAAGCACGCCGUGUCCGAGGGCACCAAGGCCGUCACCAAGUACACCAGCUCCAAGUAGACGCGCGGGCAAGCGGCCUGACUCCUGACCCCAAAGGCUCUUUUCAGAGCCACCCACAAUGUCUCAAAGAUCUGUAGCUCCAAAAGGGGUGCAAAUGUUUCAGGCAAGAAGCCUGCUUCUCCCCCGCCUAGUUAGUAAAAGUUAUCUAUGCAACUGGGAUACUUGCUGCUGCGGUAGUUAGCAAAG